AUGGGUUUAUUUGGCGCAUUAGCAGGAGUUGCAUCCAGAUUUUUGCCCGCAGUGGGAACAAUAGCCAGAGGUGUAUUUGGAGUUGGAAGGAAGAUUUUGAGUACAUUAGGUAUACUGAAAGAGAAAGCACAACCUAUUAUACAAACUGUACAGAAAGGUUGGGAUGUAGCACGAGAUGCAACAAAUCUUAUUCCAAAUCCUGAAACAAGAGGAAAAGUUCAAGGAUGGAUGGACAAUGUAGGAAGACAAGCAGGAAACUAUUAUAACAAAGCAAAUGACUACUAUAACCAAGCAGGACACUAUAUGGACCAAGGUGA